AUGACGAGGACGGUGCGAACGUUGUUCUUCAUCCUCUUCUUUCAAGUCACUGUAACAGCAGCCGCCGGCGAAACGGGAAGCGACCGAAUUGGGACCGGCCAAUGCCCCGACAAUGUUGAAUUUAUCAUGGCCUAUUCGCCAUUCAAACCGUACUGGAAGUUUGAUAAGUUCAAAAAUGACGUACAAAGUUGCUGGACCGCAGCAGAUUGUCUCUUCGAGUCCUGUGGUGAAAGCCGGAAGCAACAGUUUGCAGCCACUGCAUUGGUCAUGGGGCUCAUACCGUUGGCUUUAAAGGACGUUGCAUGGCCAGAGCGCCGUAUUGUACACGUCACCAAGCCUCUGCCAUGGCUGUGUGACAUUCUAGUCCUGGCUUUGGGUCUUGUACCACUACCGGCCGAAAAAGGAGCCCUUCUAUCGACUCAUCAGAGAAACGAAGAAAGUAAUGGCUUGGCAGAAUACGCGUGGGAUAUGAGAAGGUCAACCAUACGCUUUAUGGUAGUCACACUUGCUGUGUGCCUCUUGGCCUGCUAUGCAGCGUUGGUAUUCAACGAAAUAUACAGCAAAAGAUCUGCGCUCGGUUGCGUUGUUCCUUUCUUCAUCACCGCCUGGUAUGUCGUCGCUCUACUUCCAGCAUCAAUCCACAGAGCCUUUGCGGGACGGAGACAAGCACGGAUCAAGAGGCUGGAUCAAGAAAGAGGAGCUCACAUUGGAGUUCGACCUGACGACGUUCAUUUGGUUCCACUCCAAGUACACGAGAGUCGACCAGCAGUUGCGAAGAAUACAACGAUUACCGUAGAAUGUAACAAAGGCAAGGUGGUUUCUGCUAUUCAGGGAGCGGAUGAAGACUGA